AGCCUCUGUUUGUAGAUGGCCGAGGCCCUGCCCCCUUCCGCGCUGAUUGGCUGGCUCGGGUUCUGGGGGCGGAGCGUUCGCAGGUACUUAGCUAGGCUAGGGAAGCCCGCGGAAGUGGCCGCCGGAACUAUGGGCGUACCAAGGCUGGCCUCUGGUGUCUGUGCUGGUGGCGGGAGUGCUGGGUGGCUCUGGAUGGGCUCCUGCACCCUCGGUUCGCCUGGCCUGCCUGUUUCCUUUCUCUUUUGGUUGUUAUUGGCCACACCUGGCUCUUGGGCCGCAGGCUACAAGACAUGUCCCACAGUGAAGCCAGGCAUGCUCAACGUGCACCUGUUGCCUCAUACACAUGAUGAUGUAGGCUGGCUGAAGACAGUGGACCAGUACUAUUAUGGCAUCCUAAAUGAUAUUCAGCACGCAUCUGUUCAGAACAUCCUAGACUCAGUAAUCCCCUCUCUACUGGAGGAUCCCACCCGACGCUUCAUCUACGUGGAGAUGGCUUUCUUUUCCCGUUGGUGGAAGCAGCAGACAAAUGCAAAACAGGAUAUCGUACGGAAACUGGUGCGCCAGGGGCGUCUGGAGUUUGUCAAUGGUGGCUGGGUGAUGAAUGAUGAGGGAGCCACCCACUAUGGUGCUAUUGUGGACCAGAUGACACUUGGGCUACGCUUCCUGCAAGACACGUUCGGUAGCAAUGGCCGUCCACGUGUAGCCUGGCAUAUUGACCCUUUCGGCCACUCUCGAGAACAGGCCUCUCUGUUUGCCCAGAUGGGUUUUGAUGGCUUCUUCCUUGGGCGCAUUGACUAUCAAGAUAAAUUUCUUCGGAAGGAGAAACUGAAGAUGGAGGAGGUGUGGAGGGCCAGUGCCAGCUUGAAGCCCCCAAUUGCUGACCUCUUUACUGGUGUGCUCCCCAAUAAUUACGACCCUCCGAAGAACCUGUGCUGGGAUGUGCUAUGUGAAGACCGUCCCAUAAUGGAGGAUCCUGAAAGUCCUGAGUACAAUGCAGUUGCUUUGGUCAGUGACUUCCUGCAGCUGGCCUCUUUACAGGUAACACAGCAACAGUAUUACCGAACCAACCACACUGUGAUGACCAUGGGUUCAGACUUCCAUUAUGAGAAUGCCAACAUGUGGUUCAAGAACAUGGACAAGCUUAUCCGCCUGGUCAACAAGCAGCAGCAGGCAGAGGGGAGCAAGGUCCAUGUUCUCUACUCCACCCCUACGUGUUACCUCUGGGAGCUGAACAAGGCCAAUCUAACCUGGUCUGUGAAGGAAGAUGACUUCUUUCCUUAUGCUGACGGCCCCCACAUGUUCUGGACCGGCUAUUUUUCUAGCAGACCGGCCCUCAAACGCUAUGAGCGCCUCAGCUACAACUUCCUUCAGGUGUGCAACCAGCUGGAGACACUGGCUGGUCCCGCAGCCAACGUGGGACCCUAUGGCACAGGAGACAGUGCACCCCUUAAGGAGGCAAUGGCUGUGCUCCAGCACCACGAUGCGGUCACUGGUACUGCACGGCAGAACGUUGUAAAUGACUAUGCAAGGCAGCUGGCAGCAGGCUGGAGACCCUGUGAGGUUUUGGUGAGCAACGCUCUGGCGCGGCUCAGCUUCUACAAACAGAACUUCUCAUUCUGCCGCGAGCUCAACAUCAGCAUCUGCCCAGUCAGCCAGAACUCUGACCAAUUCCAGGUAACUGUUUACAACCCCCUGGGCCGGAAGGUGCAUCAGAUGGUCCGACUGCCAGUCAGUGAAGGCAUCUUCUUUGUGGAGGACCCUAAUGGAAAGACUGUGCCCAGUAAUGUGGUGAUGCUUCCCAGCUCCUACAGUAAGAAGUACCGAUGGGAGCUGGUGUUCUCAGCCUCAGUGCCUGCCCUGGGCUUCAGCAUCUACUCUGUGGUCAAGGUGACUGUCCAUAACUCCCAGGCCCAGAGCCUUCAGGCCAGCCCCAGGAGACCCAGGUCCUAUAUCUUGGCCAUUGAAAAUGAGUACAUCCGGGCUACAUUUGACUCUGAAACGGGGUUAUUGAUGAAGAUUGAAAACAUGGAACAGAACCUCUCACUCCCUGUGAGCCAAGGCUUCUUUUGGUACAAAGCCAGCACUGGUGAUGAGGAGAGCACUCAGGCCUCUGGUGCCUACAUCUUCAGACCCAGCCAUCCUAAACCACUGCUUGUAAGCCGCUGGGCUCGGAUCCAUCAGGUGAAGACAGCCUUGGUGCAGGAGGUACACCAGAAUUUUUCAGCCUGGUGUUCUCAAGUGGUUCGCCUGUACCCAGGACAGCAUCACUUGGAGCUGGAGUGGACGGUGGGACCAAUCCCAGUGAGAGAUAACUUGGGGAAGGAGGUCAUCAGCCGCUUUAAUACCCCGAUGAAAACAAAUGGACAGUUCUACACGGACAGCAACGGCAGGGAAAUCCUGAAGAGGAGACGUGAUCAUCGACCCACUUGGAGAUUAAAUCAGACUGAACCGGUAGCUGGAAAUUACUAUCCUGUCAACACUCGAAUCUACAUCUCGGAUGGGCACAUGCAGCUGACCGUGGUGACCGACCGCUCCCAGGGGGGCAGCAGUCUGAAGGAUGGCUCACUGGAGCUCAUGGUGCACAGAAGGCUGUUGGUAGAUGAUGAGCGUGGACUCCUGGAGCCCCUCAUGGACUCAGGGACCGGGAAAAUUGUGAGAGGGCGCCACCUUGUGCUUUUGAGUUCUGUUACUGAUGCAGCUGAAAGGCACCGCCUGCUGGUGGAGAAGGAGGUCCUGUCCCCUCAGGUGGUGCUGGCUCAGGGUGAUGGCAGUCCCUAUUACUCCAGGGCAGCACCAAGGAUGCAGUUCUCGGGACUUCGCCAGGACCUACCUCCCCAGGUACAUCUGCUUACACUGGCCCGCUGGGGACCAAAGAUGGUGCUGUUACGCUUGGAGCACCAGUUCGCUGUGAAAGAAGAUUCACGAGGCAACCUGAGCUCCCCUGUAACCUUGAACUUGCAGAACCUGUUCCAGGCCUUCACUAUCACCCACCUGAUGGAGACCACAUUGGCAGCCAACCAGCCCCUGUCCAGGGCUUCCAGGCUGAAGUGGAUAACAAAUACUGGUCCCAUCCACUACCCUGCUCCUUCCAAGUUGGAUCCUACCUCAGUCACACUGCAGCCUAUGGAAAUACGUACCUUCGUGGCCAGGGUUCAAUGGCAAGAACUCAGGCCUGCCAGGAGGAGGGGCUGAUCUCUCCCCUUCCCUUGCUGUAACCACUCACAGACAUCAUUAAAAGGCUUCUACUAAGACUCAGGUCACCCAGCGACUGUGCAUUAUUUUUGAGGAGGGACUUAGAGUGUCAGAUCUAGGGAGAUCAGCUGACUCUCACUCAGCCCUGACCCCAGGCCCUGUCUGGAGGUUACCUCCCCACUGGAAUCGCCACACCAACAUGUUCUCUCCCCAUCUCACUCAUCAUUUUUUCCCUCUCCUCCCACUUCGAUCCUUUGUCCACACAGGCCCCCACACAGCUGUCUCAACAAGCACUGAGGAUAGGCCUGUGCAGGACACAGCAUCAGAAAACCAGCUCUACCCUGGGUCUUUCUAAUCUGGCCUUUGGGUCAGAUCUAGGCAAGCAAUCUGGGAGGUUCUGGAGAAGGAGGUGGGACAGAAGCAGGUCCCAGUCUUAGACUCCUCACUGGUAGGGGGAGACAUCAUUCCUCCCCCGUGACAUUCUUCCUCUUCUCAACUUGUGGGGCCCCUAGCUAAUCCUUCUGAGGCAGAGCCUAGUGCUCUCUGGGAUUUUAGUGUGUUCUGCUGUCUGUUAAGUAGAUGUUGGGGCUGGAGAAAUGGUCCUGAUUGAAAGCACAGACUGUUCUUCCAGAGGAUUUGAGGUCAGCUUCCAGCACCCACAUCAGGUGGCUCACCAAGCUGUAACACCAGCCAGAGGGAUCCAGUGCUGCUGGCCUUUGCUGUCCAUGCUCAUCUCCACUCCUACUCAUGUACACACACCCACACAUGAAAUGGGAAAAAAGUUUUUAAAGGCAUUUUCUUUUUUAGUUAAAAAUUUUCCAUAUAUCCCAACCACAGUUUCCCCUCCUUCUACUCCUGCUAUUAAUGCCAUCCCCAUCCCUUCUCCUGUAGAUCCAUUCCUCCAUUUUCCUUCAGAAAAGAGCAGGCCUCCCAGGCAUAUCCAUAUGGCAUAACAAGUUACAAGAAGACUAGUCACAAACCUUCAUAUCAAGGCUGGGUGAGGCAACCCAGUAGGAAGAAAAGGGUCCCAAGGGCAGGUGAAAGAGUGAGAGACAGCCCCACUCCCACUGUUAGGGGGGUCCCACAAAACACCAAGCUAACACGGUAACAUAUAUGCAGAGGACUAGCACAGAGAUGUUGUAGCUGGUGUGUAAUCCGUACCUAGGAGACUGAAGCAGGAGGUUCUAGUUCUAGGUCACGGUUAGUGAGACCCUCUCACAAACAAACAAACAAACAUAUAAAUAAAAAUAAAGACUUG